AUGGAUAACAGUUCAUUUGAUUUCACACGAGGAAAUUCAAUCGUGUCAUCAUCUGCGGCACAAACGUCAUCUGAUGUGGUGACUCGUAAGAAAUCAAAGCCAAUUAAAUGUAUGAAUAUAUUCAAGCUUACACUUGCUGCAUUGCCAACUAUUGUUUUUGGAGUGUUUACGAUUGUCUUCACGUUACAACAAGAUGCUGCGGCUAGGGCGACACGUGACCAAGAUCAAAGACAAGCCGAUGAAACGAAUCGAAGGAUUCUCUUCAAAGAAUAUAUGGAUGAUAUGAGAGAUCUUCUUUUAGAUGAAAAUUUUGAACAAAAUAUUAACAAGUCUCUUCUGCAAAUUCGCGUUCAAACAUUAACGGUCCUAAGAAAUCUUGACCCUACCCGUAAGCGUGAUGUGUUUCUUUUUUUGUAUGAAAGUCGUCUGAUUCGACACGAUAUCACACCGAAAAUUGAUAUACGUGGGGCGGAUUUUAGUGGAAUGAAGCUUGUGCAAUCUUCGACACAAGUCUGUGAUCUUUCCUUUCUUUAUUUGCCUGGAGUCAUCGCAGAAAAUGUCAUAUUCGAUGGUUGUACUCUCACAUAUGCAGUGUUUGAGAGUGCGUCAAUGGUUGGUUCUAACUUUCUGUUGAACAAUCUUGCGCUUGCGAAUUUUCAGAAUGCCAAUUUGAAUAAGGCAAAAUUUCGUGACAACCAAAUGUAUGAAGCAAAGUUCACGAGCGCUGAUCUUCGUCAAUCAUUCAUUGGUGAUGGAGUUUAUCAGAAUGUAGAUUUCACAAAUGUUGAUUUGUAUCAAAGUGUUAUUGGAAAUUCCUUAUUGAAUCCACCACCCUUUCUCGGCUUGAAGCCAGUAAUUUUGCUCAAUACUCGCUUACCGGAUGGCACGUUCAGUAUUAUCAAUUCACAGAAUUUGCUUAUGCAUGGUCGAGCAGAGCCAGAAUGUCAUCUCAAUGUCACGCCACAUUGGAAUGGUGUCAUCACUAAUGAACCACUAAAUAUUAUUCAUUUUCAAACAAACCUACCAGUGAAUAUGUCUAAAGUCGAAGACGAUUGCUUUUUCAAAAUAGAUAAAGACAUGACCUACUAUCAACUUUUGUCCGUUCAAAACUUCUCUCGUUUGAUCGAUUUAAAACUAGCUAUGUUCAAUUUAUUUGGAUGGUUCGGAUUGAAAAAUCCAAAUGACAAAGAUUCGUUAACGAUGACAGUACAUUUUUCACAAAAUAAAAAUUCAUUUGGUUUUGGAAGUUCAGUAUUUAUUCAUAUGAAAAAUUUGACAUCGUCAUUCCAUCAACAUUCACUUGUUAAUAUGAUCCCACCGACGACAAGAUUUAUAGCAGUAUCGCUGGGAUGUAAUACAGUUGGUAGCAACGACCAAUUUUGUCUCUUUGAUCAAAUAACAUUAUCAGUUUUUAGAAAGAUCUCGUAA